AUGUUGAACAUAAUAGAGAAUAUAGGCAAUUUAAUCCGACUAUCAUCUAUUAAUUCAACUAUCAACGAUCCAGUUAUGGACAGCGAUAAGCGUGCCGAUGACGACUUACGUAAAUAUACUUGCUUACACGAUCUAGAAUAUAACACCUCGGCGAAUCAUCAAGAUAGUAAUCAAUCAGGCACCACAUCUGACAAACAAAUGUUAGAUUUAUAUCUUCCAAAAGCCGCUGACCCAUCAACAGUACCUAUCGUCGUUUUUGUACAUGGCGGUGGAUGGAGACGAGGCGAUAGAAAAGCAUUUCGUUACUACUUUUCCAAAUAUGAUGUCAAUUUAUUUGCAGCAAUGCUAAUGGUGAGAUGGGGCAUUUAUGAGAAUGUGGGUAAAGCUUUCGCUCGUUCUGGCAUAGCUUGCGCUGUUGUCUCUUACCGAUUAAGUCGUUUGAAAUUUCCCUAUCUCAUACUAGAAUUACUAAGUUCUUUUCUAAUGACUAUGGCUAUUAUUUGCUGGCCAAUUUUAGCCUAUUCUUGGGUCAUCGUACGCUACGUAUUCGCUGCCACUCAUUUUGCUAUAACUCUAAACGAUUGUCUAAUGCUUUUAUGGUCGACAACACCCUUGUUAUUUGUAAUUUUCUGUUUAAGCAUGACAAUUUAUCCACCACCUAAGCGUACUAUACUAUUACUACCACUCUCGUUACUACUACUGUUAAUUAUAAAUUAUCUAUCUCCAUUCAAACCAUAUUUCCACUAUUAUAUAUUAUACAUAACCACGACAAUAGCGAUGUUGUCUUUAUUGCAAACAUUUCUAAUGGAUGAUAAAGUUAAUCAUCGUGACAGCAAUAUUGAUGAAAUCCGCCAUCCUACGCAUGUUAAUGAUGUCGCUUUAAGCGUCAAGUGGUUAACAGAAUAUGGUAAAAAGACGAAACUCUAUAACCCUCAAUCGUUAUAUCUAUGCGGGCAUUCUGCUGGUGGUCAUAUUAUAUCCUUACUAUCCUUAGAUCAAUCUUACUUGAAUAACGUAGGGGUCCAAUCAUCGAACGUGAAGGCGGCAAUAAGCAUUUCUGGGGUAUACGAUCUUGGCUGGUUAUCGCGCUCCGUUCUUAAACAGUUUUAUUUAAAUCCAGCUUUUGGUAAUGAUCCAGCCACCUGGGUUAAAGCUUCACCUUAUAAUCAUAUUACUCGAGCUAAGAGUGAAAUCACUCCACCUUUUCUAAUAAUUAACCCAAAACACGAUUUUUUACCUCUCCUCAAUGAUGCAAAUCGAUUUAUGGCUAGCUUAAGAAAGAAUAACUUUAGGUGUAAACAUUUUAUCACUCCAAAUAGAAAUCAUCUAACAAUAAUGAAAGAAUUUGGAUUGAAAGAACGGCCUUGCUGUGGUAAUGUCGAAGAAAUGUGUAUUUUAUUUAUUUAUCAAUGUGAAGCAAACGCCAUCGGUAACUAA